GGAUAAGGAGCAUCUAUCUACGUAGUGGUAGAGAAGGUGUUUGAGAAACAGGUGGAAAAGUCGUGUAUUCACGAUGAAGGACCGUACACACGAGCUUAGGAUGGGGAAGGAGACUGAGGAAGAGGAUGAUGUGGCAGUCAACAUGGAAAAAGAUCGAUUUAUGGAUGAGUUCUUUGCACAGGUGGAGGAAAUCCGAGGCUUCAUCGAGGAGCUAUCAGAGAAGGUGGAGGAGGUAAAGAGACAACACAGCGCCAUCUUGGCCGCCCCGAAUCCUGACGAAAAAACAAAGGCAGAGCUGGAGCAGCUGAUGACAGACAUAAAGAAGUUUGCGAACAAAGUGCGCUCCAAGUUAAAAAGCAUUGAACAGUCCAUAGAGCAUGAGGAGGCUUUAAACAGGUCAUCUGCAGAUCUGAGGAUACGUAAGACACAGCAUUCCACGUUGUCUCGGAAGUUUGUGGAGGUAAUGUCAGAGUAUAACGCCACGCAGUCAGACUACCGGGAACGCUGCAAGGGCCGCAUCCAGAGACAACUGGAGAUCACUGGUAGGAACACAACUAAUGAGGAACUAGAGAGCAUGCUGGAGAGUGACAACCCUGCCAUCUUCACAUCAGGGAUCAUCAUGGACUCCAACAUCACCCAGCAGGCCAUGAAUGAGAUUGAGACAAGACACACUGAGAUCAUCAAGCUGGAGAACAGCAUCAGAGAACUUCACGACAUGUUCAUGGACAUGGCCAUGCUGGUGGAGAGCCAGGGGGAGAUGAUAGACCGUAUAGAGUACAACGUGGAGCACUCAGUGGACUAUGUAGAGAGGGCCGUGUCUGAUACCAAGAAGGCAGUAAAGUACCAGAGUAAAGCAAGGAGGAAGAAAAUAAUGAUUAUUAUAUGUUGUGUGGUGCUUGGUAUUGUUAUUGCCUCCAGUGUUGGUGGUAGUUUAGCAUAGAAGACACAUUACACACGUAUAGACAAACACCCUCAGACACAUGCACACACACACAAACACACAAACACCCUCAGACACA